GACUCGUAAAACCGGUCUGAGUUUCUGGACCGGCCUUUCUGCAGAGGAGCUCGGAAAGACGGGCAGUCAGCAUGAUGCCGUGGCGAGCUGGGGUUGUCGUGUUGCUAGCGUGUGUGCUGUUCGUGGCGCAAGCGUUUACGAUUUCCAAUGAGUCCACCAGCAUAAAAGCAACUCUUUUGGGGACCACAAAAUCUUCUUCAACUUUUCUGGCAAGUUCCACUUCAUCGCCCCACUCAAGUUCUGGUACGAGUUCCGGUUCCCCGUGUCAUUCCAAUUUUUCGGAACGAACUGUCCCCCCGCCGUCGAGUUCUCCAGCGAGCUCAACCUCCAGUCCUGAAUCUCGCAGGACAUGCCCUCCGCUUGGGUCGCCCUCGCUGGACAUAAUAUGCCGAGGACCCACCGGCGAACAGGAUGCCGUGCCAUGCGACCAACCUCAACCUGUCGGCGCUGUCGCCUCGAUUGAGUGCAGGAACCAUUUUGAGCAUCGGCCGCUGCCCGACAGUGCGCACUUCUCGCGCUGCGGCGCGGACGGGAUGUGGAGCAAGCCCCUUUUCACAUGCACGCCAGUGUGCGGCCGUCCGUCGGGCAAAGGCGUUGCUUUCGUGCGUCAUGGGCGGAACGUGUCUUCGGCUGCCGACUUUCCGUGGCACGUCGUCGUCUACGACACGACCUUUGCAACGCACGAGCAGAUUUGUGGAGGAUCCCUUAUCAAACCCAGGUACUUCGUGUCGGCUGCCCACUGUUUCCACAGUAGGGAUGGGCCCUUAAGAACAGCAACAGACUUUGCUGCCGUCGUGGGCAAGCGGAUCCGCAACUGGAACGCAGUGGAAGACACAGAGCAGCGCGCGACGAUAAAACAAAUAAUGCUCAACCGCUACGGUGGUUCGAAGCAUUUUUUUAUCAAUGAUAUUGCACUUGUCGAGUUACAUCAGGAUCUUACCAUUACUACCAGCGUCAUGCCCAUCUGCGUGGACUGGGGAAGAGCGCACCCCCCUCUCAAGAACGGCGAGGAGGGAAUAGUUGUUGGGUUUGGCGGAGAGCGAAAUACGCCCAUUGAGUCGCUUCAGUUGUCUAAGCUUCCGUUUGUCGAUCUAGAAAUCUGUCAAGGAACCGUGCCCGAUAAGUUGCUGGUUUACACGUAUCUUACAGACAAGUUUUGCGUCGGAGUUGCCAACGGCUCUUCUGUUGGCCAAGGCGACAGCGGGGGUGGUCUGGCCUUUCCCACAUCCGAAAGACAGUGGUUUCUAGAAGGUGUGCUGUCGAUUGGAGACGCGAACUCCGUCGCCAUGUCACUGUUCACCAAAGUCUCCCAGCACACCCUUUGGAUGUCUGGAGCCAUCGAAGAACCUGCGACCGACGGAUGCGGAUGGCAUGAGUUCCAAUGCAGGGACGGCGGAUGCAUCGACGCAUACUUACGGUGCGACGGUCGCAAGGAUUGUGGUGACGGCUCCGAAGAGGAAGUUUGCAAUUCUCCACCUACGGUGACCCUGCCCGUCAUGGGCACGACCACGGCCCGCGUGCAGUGCUCGGAGGAACACGGCAGCAUUAUGCUGCACCUUUGCAGCGGCGAGCGCUGCAGCAUUGUUUGGCUGCGGGGUGAGAGCGGUGACGGGGCGCUGUGGUACGUCACGCGCGAACAAUGUCACGGAUUUAUUACCGGUCUUCAUGGCUGGGGCUGCAGCGACAGCAAGGAUCACGGAGCAAUUGGCCACUUCUUCACCCCGAGCGAGAUGUUGCUGGAGGUGCAGCGCCGACCCGGAGAGCUAGCUGUGUGGCGAAAGGGGCGGCCGGACGCCGUGGCAGUGGUUCCCGUAGGAGAAAACUACGACACCCUCAAGGUUAGGCCUUUUUACUGGAGCUCUGACAUGGCCGUGCAGUUCUCAGUCCCUGCAAGCGCUUGUGGUAAUGCGGAGCCGGUGCUGACCAAGGAAGGAAAUGCAACCUCCGUGGAAACGUUCCCGUGGCACAUUGCGAUUUACGUGGAACGCUCCGGCCGCAAGUCAUACACAUGUGGGGGCAGCCUUGUGGCACCCUGCUUCGUCGUGACCGCUGCAAGCUGCUUACCAGGGAAUGCUACGUUUUCUGUGGCCCUCGGUAAAUACUGGAGUUCAGAGGACGAUCAAAAAAUCGAUCACCUAAGAGUAAAAUCGUUCCACAAGCAUGCUUACUUCUGGGGGAGCGCCAACAAAAACGCUUACGACAUAGCUGUACUUGAACUUGAAAAUUGCGCAGAUUCUAGCAAAGAAGUAACACCCGUUUGCCUGUAUGAGGGGAUCAAGCCAACAUCCAAAAGUAACGUAAAGGUUGCCGGCCGGGCCAAUGGGACAACUGCUGAGCAGGAGACCAUCGGAUUAACUCAGCUUGACUUCAAUGACUGUUUUUACAAAUUGAGCACAAAUUUGGCAGAGCUUGCUUCUUUAACUCCUGACAAGUUUUGUGCCAGAAGACGUGAAAGUAAGCCAUGAGGUCUGAAAAUAACCGUAUUUAAGAAGUCGAGAACGGAUAUGCAUGAUGCACUGUCACUUACCUUAAAAGGGCAUCAAAACGUUAUCGUAAGCGUAAAAGUUAUAAACCCUUAACUUCUGACUUCUUUUCAAAAGGAUGAGUUCUGUUUCUAGUUUCUCGAUUUUGUGUGAAGAUACUUUAGGAAGUCCAUACCCUUAACCUUUAGCGAACAUUGUCUUGUGUUACGUUAUAAAAGCAAUGUUAGUUAAACGCGGUUAAAUGUUAAGUAUUAAAGUUAAGGAUCGCUGGUCGUGGCAUGCAUUUAAAAUUGCCAAUAGUCUUUUUCCGAAACAUCUUGGGAUACCUCGGUAUAGCCUGACGGCAUCCAGGUGUUGGAUGUCAACACCAGGACACACGUGCAACUUUUCAUACAAUCACCCCCUCCUCUCGUACCGCGACGCUCUUUUCAGGA